AUGAAGUUGUUCAAAGCUUUUUACAUGGUCGUACUGUUUGGUUUAACAAGUCUCGAUGUUCUAGCAGAAGGCAAUGGGUCGUGGUGGUAAGUCAGUGUAUUAUACUUCCUGAUCAUGAUACCGUUAUAUCACUUUUAGCCUUUGUGUUGAAACAUUUGAAUCUCUCGCUCUGUAGGAAUCUUGGCGUUAGUAGCUCCUCGAAACCCCAAGACGAUUACAAUUUCCAGCUUUCUCCUGCCAACGGUGUCAAACCUGUUACACCGAAGCAACAGCGAUUGUUUCGGAAGUACCCAGAGUUGGUUCCAUACAUUGGACUCGGGGCAAAAUUCUCUAUCAGCCAGUGCCAGUAUCAGUUUAAAAACAGACGGUGGAAUUGUUCUGCUCAUAGUCCUGAAAACGUAUUUGGGAAGAUUGUAAAAAUAGGUAAGCUGGCUUUGAAACUCUUUGAAAUUUUUUUGAUUGAUUUUUCAUGUUUUUUUAGUUUCGUUCUAGUAUAUCCCACAUCAUCUAAUGACAAAGAUGAGUUCGUCCGUAACUAAAGCUAUACCUUUUUGAACCGGCUUUUCCUUCUACUAAAAACAACCAAAAUAAUAAAGUUUCCUAAUUCCAAGGCCAUCUCACUUUUUGAGAUUUUGCCGAAUCCGCGAAAAGUGUUGAGUUAUUUAUUUUCGUUACAUAGCGUAAAAGGUUUCUCAAGUAUCCCCACGAUGAACUGUCAUAUCCGGCUGGUCGUGUGCAUUUGAUUUACUUAUUUCACUUCAUUUCACCGCUUCCCAGACACUGCAGCAAGAUGUUGAAAGUUAAAAAACAAAACAAAACAAAAAGCAUAUCUAAGAGAAGACAAAGGACUCUUGAGGCAACCGUGUACAAGGCUCCGUUUCGACUAAAUUCAUCAUCUCUCAUAAGCGAGAAUCGUUGAGCGAGAAACGCCGAGAUCAGCAGCUUUUUUCCGGUCGUUGCCUUUUAGAAUUUCAUGAACAACCCACGAAGGCAAAUAUAUACUUAUUGCAUGACUCAUCAGCGUAUGUUUUAUAUUUAUGGACGUUUGGAAUAUGCCAAAUUUUCAUAUGUAAUCGCUAAUCUCUUUGAUAUUCAUUCUUUAUGACCUAACGUAUGCUGUAAAGUAAAUGUAAAAGAUUUCGGAAUUAAGGCUACAUCCAUCACAAAUAGCCGUUCAUUGCUGCGAUACAUCUGUCUUCUAAGUAACUUUCAAGUUACUUGUUGGAAUAUGAGUUCGAAAUGUGUAGAUCAGACUUUAUGGCAAUACGUAUCGCUCGAUCUUCCCUCUUUUUUUCGCUUACCCGAGUUUUUGCCUUUGCGCUGCAGAGUUUAGGCGCAAACGUUUGUAACGAUUGUUAAAUUUCGAUAUCAAAAACAACAACUCUACCUUAAUUUAUAUACUGAGUUCUCUAGCUUCGCGCCAAUUUACUUUCUGAUAACUUUACGAUGAACAUCUCUUCAGCUGGUUUUUCUUUGGAUCAAAAUUAAUUUUAACGCGGGUGGAAGAAACUUUCAGCUUUGCUCGUAAGAUGCAAAUUUUACUUUCAAAGAGCAAUUUUUCUAUGCCAUGAUGGCCCCUUCACUAAUUAUGCAGGUGAAACUACUUGGCGGAUUGUGACUUAAUUUUCUCGUAUCGGUUUUCUUACUGUCGGAAAAGUCUCGGCAGGAAAGGUGACACUAUUAUUUAUGUAAACGCCACCUUUUAGGUUUUAUAGAUAUUUUUUAAAGAACGAAUCUAGGAAACUUUUUUUAAACUCUGUUGUGCCUGUUCCAGCUUGCAGGGAAACUGCUUUCGCUUACUCAAUAACGGCAGCCGGUGUAUCGCACGCCAUAGCUAGAGCUUGUAGCGACGGCAAAGUGACAGCCUGUGGUUGCGACAGUAGAUACAAGGGAGUUACCAAUGAGGGUUGGCAAUGGGGAGGCUGUAGUGACAAUAUUCAUUUUGCUGAUCAGUUCUCCAGAAAGUUCGUCGAUGCUGGAGAGAAGGGAAGAGAUUUUCGCACUUUGGUUAAUUUGCACAACAACGAGGCGGGAAGAACAGUAAGUUGAUUUUUCUUUUUGCUCUACGUGUAAAAAUUUCAAGUAAUAAUUGCAAGCCAGGGUAAUAUAAGCCGCAAUGAUGGACCUUAAAAAAGCCGCAGCCUCAGGCGAAGAGUGAAUUGCUUUUCGGUGAUGAAUAAAUCCUUUCCGACUGAUAUUUUAUUACUAAAAUAAUUGAAAUCCAUGGACCUAAGUGGUGGAAUAAGGCAAUAUGUGUUUCAGUUUGAACAGCUUAAAGAGAAAGUUUGAAGGAUAAUAAUUUUGACUCACGAGUCAAUUCAUCUUUAGAAUAUUUUAUAAUUGUACUCGUCAGUCUGGCUGACGUUAUGAUAAUAACGUAGAGGAAUGUAGCAAUCGCUGGGUAAAAGAGAACGAUCGGUUGAAAAAAAUCGGUACAGAAAGGAAAUUACAAUACGUACGAAGCUGGUAUAUUAAUUUCAUUUUAUCUGAGCAAUAACAAAACGAAGUGGAAUAGAAUAGUGAUAUCUUGAACUGGUAGCCGAGAUUUUGUUAUACAAACAAGUUGCAAAAGUAUAGAAAAAGGGAUUCAACCACACAGUUAUAAAGCCUGCAAUUCAAGAAAUAGACAAAGAAGUUGUCUUCACAAAUCAGAAUGUUACCAUAUGGCUUUGUUAACGCGGCUAGCGUUAAAUAACAAAGUCGCAACAUUUAAAGUUAGAAUUAUUCACGGUAAUAAGUGUGUCUGUGGUAAACCGUAAUAGCUCGGUUUCCCACGUAUUGACGAAAACCUAAUUGCUCGGAAAACGUGGUCAUGAAAUCAUUGUCUAUUAUUUUUCGCCGCGGCUUUUUCGCCGGCCAUUAAUUUGCAUUUUAUUACAUUUCGCCGGUUUCAAUGAUGUUCCCACGGUGCUCAGAGGAACGUCUCGACCAGAAGUUAAUUUAGUAGGGCCUAUAAGACUUUUUAUUGUAUCAUAUUUGAACCAGCAAUGAUUCAUACUUCUAAGAUGAAAACGGGGCAGUCAAUCCACCUUCGAUGUGUCUUCAAAUCGGAAAUUCUUUUUUAACGAUCCAACACAUCUAACCUUUCGCCGUGUAUGUGUCCUUUUCCGAUAUUUUUGAGAACGGAGAUGUAUAUUCUAACUACGUACAGAAACUCUCCUUCAAAAUGAUGGGCAUUAAAAUCGUUGCUAUGAACGAGUUACUCCUCCGACUGAUUUUCAUCGGAAAUGUUUCUAAUAUAAUCGCAGUUCGCGUUGAAAUGCCAAGUUUCCCAAUAACUGAUAUCUUCCGAUCAAAAAAUCAGAAACCUGAUGAAACAGCAAAGAACGUUCAAAACAAUCCACAUGGUGGCACCGGCGUCGAACUUUUCAAGAAACUGAAGUUUUGUUUAAAGUAACAUAUGCAUAUUGUUACCUAAUGUGUUGCGGACAUCUUUCAAGCUAACUAAAUCUUUGGUCUUCUUUCCUAAUGGUAUAGAUAUUCACUGCCUUCAGCGGCGACGCUGGAGCCGUAAAUCUUUCUCUCUAAUACGAACCAUCUAGCUGUCUGUUUAACUCCCACAACUUAUUAACAUGUAACAUCCAGCAAACAGGCAAUGGGAAUACCCAAAAUCAAUUAUCAGGUGGAAGUCGUUAUCUUGAUCUAACACCAAAGUCUCGUAACUAUUAUAUUUAGGAUGAAAUGUGAAGCAGCUAGAGGGGCAAGUGACAAUCAAUCUUGGGAGGCAAAGGGCUUAAUCCGAUAUGGUCAGCGUUUAAGCAAAAGGCUACGUUAUUGCUUCCUGUGUAACUAUCUGACCUAACAACUGACAAAAAGAUAUUUCCUUUUUCAAAGGCAAUUCGAGAAAACAUGGUUAGAGAAUGCAAAUGUCAUGGAGUGUCUGAGGCCUGCACUGUUCGAACAUGUUGGAGAAGGCUGGCUGACUUCAGACGAAUUGGCGAGGUGCUUAAAGACAAAUUCGACAGCGCUUCAAUGGUAGAAUUUGAACAGAAUAACAAUCGUAAUGGUCAUAAUGUUAAGAAAGGAAAAUCUUUUCGACCGAGAAAUAAACUACAUAAGCCUCCUACAAGAGCAGAUUUGGUUUACUACGAAGACUCGCCCAAUUUUUGUAACCGAAAUCCUGACACUGGAUCCCUCGGAACGGUUGGAAGACUGUGUAAUAACACAUCCCUCGGGACAGAUGGGUGUGACUUAAUGUGCUGCGGAAGAGGUUAUACAUCGAGUGAAAGCGAACUGGAAGAACUCUGCAACUGUCGUUUCUAUUGGUGUUGUAAGGUGAAAUGUCAGAGUUGUCGAUCGAGGCUUACGCUUCAUAGGUGUAAGUAA